CACACCGUCCUCAUCUCAGUCCUCCGCAUCCAUUCCAGCAGCAGCAGAGAGCGGAAGAGCACCACACGCUCGCCAUGGACACGUGGCACAUCUUCCUCGGUUCGAUCCUCUUCGCCAUCCCGCUGAUCCUACUCCUCCGCGGCCGCAAGGGCGGCCGGCUCCGCGUCCCGCCGGGCCCGCCGUCCUUGCCGGUGCUCGGCAGCGUGGUGUGGCUGAACAACUCGCUCGCCGACGUGGAGCCCCUGCUCCGGCGCCUCUUCUCGCGCUACGGCCCCAUCGUGUCCCUGCGCGUGGGGUCCCGCCUCUCCAUCUUCGUCGCCGACCGCCGCCUCGCCCACGCGGCGCUCGUCGAGCGCGGCGCCACGCUCGCGGACCGCCCCGCCCUCCCUUCGCUCAAGCUGCUGGGCGAGAACAACAACACCAUCACGCGCGCCAGCUACGGGCCCGUCUGGCGCCUCCUGCGCCGCAACCUCGUCUCCGAGACGCUGCACCCGUCCCGCGUCCGACUCUUCGCGCCCGCGCGCUCCUGGGUGCGCCGCGUGCUCGCCGAGAAGCUGCGUGAUGAGUCGUCGUCCGGCGGCGCGGCCGUCGUGGAGACGUUCCAGUACGCCAUGUUCUGCCUCCUCGUGCUCAUGUGCUUCGGUGAGCGGCUCGACGAGGCCACGGUCCGCGCGAUCGCUGCCGCCCAGCGCGAACUGCUCAUCUACAGGUCGAGGAAGAUGCCCAUCUUCUCCUUCCUGCCGUCGGUGACCAAGCAUCUCUACCGCGACCGCCUCCAGACCGUGCACGCCAUGCAGCGGCGGAAGAAGGACCUGUUCGUGCCGCUGAUCAACGCUCGGCGGGAGUACAGGAAAAGCGGCGGCGAGCCCAAGAAAGAGAGCACGUUCGAGCACUCCUACGUCGACGCCCUGCUCGACAUAAAGCUCCCCGAGGAGGGAAACCGCCCGCUGACCGACGACGAGAUGAUCAACCUCUGUUCCGAGUUCCUGGACGCCGGGACCGACACCACCUCCACCGGGUUGCAGUGGAUCAUGGCCGAGCUGGUCAAGAACCCGGCCAUCCAGGAGAAGCUCUACAAAGAGAUCAGUGCCACGAAGGGGGACGACCAGGACGAGGUCUCGGAGGAGGACGUCCACAAGAUGCCGUACCUCAAGGCGGUGGUCCUCGAGGGCCUCCGGAAGCACCCACCGGCGCACUUCGUGCUACCGCACAAGGCGGCGGAAGACAUGGAAAUCGGCGGGUACCUGAUUCCCAAGGGGGCGACGGUGAACUUCAUGGUGGCCGAGAUGAGCAGGGACGAGCGGGAGUGGGAGAAGCCAACGGAGUUCGUGCCGGAGCGGUUCCUGCCAGGCGGCGCGGGCGAAGCUGUGGACGUGACCGGCAACCGGGAGAUCAAGAUGAUGCCGUUCGGCGUGGGCCGGAGGAUCUGCGCCGGGCUGGGCAUCGCCAUGCUCCACCUGGAGUACUUCGUGGCCAACAUGGUGAGGGAGUUCGAGUGGGAGGAGGUCGCCGGCGAGGAGGUGGACUUCGCCGAGAAGAACGAGUUCACCGUCGUCAUGAAGAAGCCGCUGCGCCCACGCCUCGUGCCCCGAAGGGCCUGAGACAAAGUCCAUCUCCAUCAGCCAGUAGUCAAAUCCGACCAAUAGUCCACUCCUAUCGCUUCGGUCGUUCUUGUUUAGUUACUCCAUGUUGAUAAUGGUUAAUUCGUUGCUGUACGAUGGAAUAUUACUAGUGCCGCUUUCGAGAAAUUGAGGUGUUUACCACUGUCUA